AGAGUCGAGGAAGCUGCAUUGUGGCCACUGCUAGCUCCCUCCAGACAUCAGCGUUGCAAAGUAUAUACAGCCACCAGCACAGCCUCGGGACUCUGCUUUUGUCACCUUCUGGUUUGCCUUUCACUGGCGAGCAAAGUGUGGCUGUUGUCUCCCGGUUGCAGAUGAGAAGACUCAUUUGGGGCGGGGGGAGGAGAGGGGAGCUGGAGAACUGACCCUGUGAGCACCAGGUCCUCUGCGAGAGCUGCACCGAAAAGAGGGAGAUCUCUUAGGAAACAUGGAGCUGCUGUGCUGCGAGGUGGAUCACAUGAGGAGGGCUCUCCCUGACCCCAACUUGCUCUACGACGACCGCGUUUUGCACAAUCUACUCACCGUGGAGGAGAGGUAUCUGCCCCAGUGCUCCUACUUCAAGUGCGUGCAGAAGGACAUCCAGCCCUUCAUGCGGAGGAUGGUGGCCACUUGGAUGCUGGAGGUCUGUGAAGAGCAGAAGUGUGAAGAAGAGGUUUUCCCCCUGGCCAUGAAUUACUUGGACCGAUUUUUAGCUGUGGUGCCCACCAGAAAGUGCCAUCUGCAGCUGCUGGGGGCCGUCUGCAUGUUCCUGGCCUCCAAGCUGAAAGAAACCAUCCCCCUCACUGCGGAGAAGCUUUGCAUAUACACGGACAAUUCCAUCAAGCCCCAGGAGCUGCUGGAAUGGGAGCUGGUGGUGUUGGGCAAGUUGAAGUGGAACAUUGCAGCAGUGACUCCACAUGAUUUCAUUGAACAUAUUCUAAGGAAGCUGCCUCUACCUAAAGACAAGUUGCUUUUGAUCCGGAAACAUGCACAAACAUUUAUUGCCCUUUGUGCUACAGAUUUUAACUUUGCCAUGUAUCCACCAUCAAUGAUAGCAACUGGAAGUGUGGGAGCAGCCAUUUGUGGCCUUCAGCUUGAUGAUGGGGAACGUUCUCUCUUUGGUGACAGUCUAACAGAACUCCUGGCCAAGAUCACAAACACAGAUGUGGACUGCCUUAAAGCUUGUCAAGAACAAAUCGAGUCAGUGCUAGUAAGCAACCUUAGGCAAGUCCGGCAGCAGCAACAGCAAAGCAAUCCCUCUAAGACAGUGGAUGAACUGGACCAGGCCAGCACUCCUACAGAUGUGAGAGACAUCAACCUUGGAGAAACAAGAUACAACAAAGACAAGAUACUUCAAGGUCAGGGUAUUGAUGAACCCCUUUCUGCGACUGGUUUCAGACAAGCAGAUGCUGCUGGUAUGUUUCUCAGUAACAUGAAGUUCACUCAUGUCUUCUCAAGUGAUCUUCUUCGGGCAAAGCAGACUGCAGCUGCAAUUACAGGAAAGAAUAAGUUUUGCAAAGAUAUUUUAAUAAAGUAUGAUGCAAGGCUUCGAGAGCGGAAAUAUGGUGUUGCAGAAGGCAAGCCUCUGAGUGACCUAAAGGCAAUGGCGAAAGCUGCUAGACAGCAGUGUCCUUCAUUCACACCCUCUGGGGGAGAAACAUUAGAUGAAGUGAGAGCACGUGCAAAAGAUUUUUUUGAAUUUCUGUGCCAACUCACUCUUGAAGAAAGUCAGAAGGAAGUUGUCCUGGAUACAGCAGGCAAUGGCUUGGAAACAUUAGAAGAAAAAUCAGUUUUCCCUUGGACAAACCAUUACAAUGGACCUGAAUUUAACUCUGAUAAUGACAAAGCUACUAAAAUGUUAGAUGUCAAUAUACUGGUAGUGAGUCAUGGGGCAUACAUGAGAAACUGGAUUCAUUAUUUUGUUUCAGAGCUUGAGUGCACUUUACCAACAACUUUAACAAAGUCGCAGCUGUCUUCUGUGAGUCCUAAUACUGGAGUCAGCCACUUCAUCAUAAAACUUGGAAAUGGAAAUAUUAAACCUGAAAUCAGUUGUGUUUGUCUUAAUCAAGAUGUACAUCUAGUAAAUGUGGAUAGUGGAAAUGUGUAGCUCAAACAUGUCAGCAAUAUUCAGUGUGUUAUAUAGCAUUUUAAUGUUUUAAAUUAAUUAAAUUUAAAUUGAUUUAAAGCAGUCUUUAAAACACAGGUGGAUUUUAAUCAACUUCAUAUUGUACUUGAUAAACUGGCCUUAUUAGUUAAUUGUGUUGACUUGAAUUAUGUUACCGGCACUGUAUUAUGAGUCUAAAGAACUACAGUUAUCUGCUGUCUUCAUAAUAUAUACAAUAUAUGUUGCUGUAGUGGCUGAUAAUAAAAGCCAGCAUGUAAAAAUAGCAAUCACUCUUUAUGAGCAUAAAUUUGAUGACAUUACUGUUCAGAUGCUUAGAUAGUUAUUUUUACAGUGCAUAGUUUUCAGUAUCUUCUUACCAUAAAAGGGUUGCAGAUAUUGUCAGUUACUUAAAAAUAUACUGUCAAAAAUUAUUUAUUUUCUCUUUCAACGGCUUCAUCAAAAAACUUGGAAAUGGAAAUAUAAACUUCAAAUCAACAGUGUGUGUCUGAAUCAAGAUGCAUAUCUAAUAGAUGAGAGUAGUAAAAAGUGUAGCUCAAAUGUCAGCAAUAUUAAAUGUAUUACAUAGCAUUUUUAAUGGUUUACAUUAUUGAAAUAUUAAAUGUAAUAUGUUCUGUAGGUAAUUGUUUUAAAUUUGCAUCAACCUCUUGUUUUAAUGACUUGGUAUAAGAAAAGGGAUUAGCUGGUGGGCAGAGCAUGCUCGGGGCUGCUUUCCUGGUUCUGCCACUAACUAGACCCUCAGCCAGGUCUUUUUUCCAUCUGUAAAAUAGAGGGAUGAUACAUACCUACCUCAGAGGGUUGCUGUGGGGAAUGAGGUUAGUAAAGCAUUCUUGAUCUGAUGCUAAUAACAUUGAACAAAGUAUUUAUUUAUAACGGUAAGCAGAGGAACACUUAAAUUGCAUGUAGCCAAAAUUUAAAGCCUUUUUCCUGAUAAGACAUCUGUCAGUGGGAAUGUUAGGAUUGCAUUACUUUGCAGAGUUCAGGAAAUGUAGUUGCUCAAAUGUUGCUCAUAUUUUCUAGCUAUAUAAUAUAUUCCUGCAUCACUGCAGUCUUUGUAUUAUUUGUGUAUAUGUUCAGAUAUGACUUCUGUUAUUUAUGGUCUCCAUAUGUUGAAGUAACUCUCAUUUGCGUAUUCUAAGUCCAAAUAAAAUUAUUAAAGUUUCAUGC